AGUGUCGGAAAAAGAUAUCACAGCAGAAGAAUUUUUUACUGUCGAAACUUCACGAGGAUUAAAAAUAUCUCUUCGAUCGACAAUGGACCUUUGCGCUUAUCUGAUUGACAAAUUCGAUUUCAAGUACCUGCUGACUGGAAAAGUUAAUCAGGAUAACUUAGAGAAAUUCUUUGGCACUAUACGCCAAUGCGCGGGAUGCAACGAUCAUCCAAAUUGCCCAACAUUUUUACAAUUGUAUAAAUUGCUAUCGGUGUAUAGCGUGAUUAAGCUUCCAAAAUAUGGUAAUUGCACGGUUUCGUCUGAUACGAGACCGGCGACGUUGAUCUCUAUUAGUGAAAUCAAAGCAAUUUACGGCAACAAACGUGAGGGCAAAAAUGCGGAAUAUGUGCGAAAAAUAAAGGAAAAACUCGACCUUGUAUUGCAACAUGACGAUUGGGAGGCGGAAGAUGUCAUUAAUCCUCAUUCUGAACAUGAUUAUGCCCUUUCCCUUAUCCUCGAUUGUAUUAUCUACUUCGUAACAACCAAACACUGUCCAUUUCAACUUCGGAAUACCUGUAAAAAAUAAAAUAAAAUGGCAAAAAUUGAAGGAUUGAUUUAUAUUUUCUCUC